UUCCCGCUUUUGUCUCCUUCUCUGUCGCCACCAACCACACUUCCACCUCUCAAUUAUUCAUUUCUUCCUCUCACCAACCUAAACUCAAACCCCACAAUUCGCAAAAACUCUCUCCCUCUUUUCAUCUUCCUUUCUCUCUUUCUUUGCUUUUCCUUCGUUGUGCAUGAUACCUACGUACCUUGUGUCUUACGUAACCACCGAAGGUUUUGCAAACAUGAAUGGAAAAGCUUCUGUUUCUAAAGAGCUUCAUGCUAAACAUACCAAGAUCUUAGAAGGACUUCUUAAGCUACCUGACAACAGGGAAUGUGCAGACUGUUGGACUAAGGCACCAAGAUGGGCUAGUGUGAACUUAGGAAUUUUCAUUUGUAUGCAAUGUUCCGGGAUUCAUCGGAGUCUUGGAGUGCAUAUAUCAAAGGUGAGGUCUACAACUUUGGAUACAUGGUUGCCAGAUCAAGUUUCUUACAUGCAAUUUAUGGGCAACGUGAAGUCAAAUAAGCACUGGGAAGCUAAACUACCACCAAAUUUUGACAGAAAUGCAUACGGAAUCGAGAAGUUUAUCCGUGCCAAGUAUGUCGAGAAAAAGUGGGCUUUACAAGGUGAGCUACAAUCAGCUUCAAAGUCAGCUGAUAUGAUGUUUGAGUUCAAAGAUUUACCAGCUGAUGGGGUCAAGAGUGGUAUUAACAGAAACAGAAGAUUGUCGCUUGAGGAAAGCAUUCUAGUGAAUCAUAUGGCACAAGUUCGGCCUCCAAUAGCAAGAUCUCAUGAGGCUCCUGUAAAUUUACAAGUGAAGAUUAAACCACCAAUAAAGAGGCCAUCAGCAUCGGUUGAUUUUGAUAAGCCCGUUGGAAAUAGCAAAAGUGCCGUUGAUCUUUUUAGCAUGCUUUCCACUGAUGCCGAUAAAACGAAUAUCUCAACUACACCUCCUAGCUGGACAACGUUUGAUUGACAAGGCAUGUGAGUUGUUUAUAGAUUUGUGGAGCUAGCGUUUUGGAUAGAUGUCACAAGAUUACGGUUGCAGACUUUCUUGCGAUGUUGUACGAACAUCGAACUGCAUUGAUCUGGUUUAUGGACUAGUUUUUCAAUCAAGGCAGACUUCAACAGCAGGAUGUAAAUUAGGCUCUUAUCUGCACCCCCUUUGGAGUUGAUAUAUCACAUAGCUUGAGGUAGUCAUUACAAUGAUUUGAUUGUCACACUUAUUUCUGCAAUAGCCACUGAUUCAGAUAGAGAAAGGGAUCAAGGAAAUCAUACAUAUUUUUUUAUUUUAUUUUCUUCUUUCACAUUGUCACUUCCAAGAAUUUGUGACUCAAGAGGUUGUACAUGAAAUAUUUCCGGCUUAAGAUUCAUGUUCUUUA